UCCCAAAACUCCCAAGCUUAAACGACAUCGCUUAAAGUACUUCUCAACUCUCCUUGCAAGCCCUAGUGAACUAGAGAGCAAAUUCGACAAAAUCCUCCACAAAACGGGGAUAGUAAAAUCAAAAUCGACGAACGAAUGGCGAUAACAGGAGAUUUGAGGGUCUCUGCAGCUAUGGUUCCUUACAAAUCCAACCCCCUUCGUACCUCACUGCACUUACCUCCUUCCAAGGUGGAUUGUAGUGUGUUCCUUAAUGGCGGAUCUAGUGUUUCGGAGACUAUGUCAAGAUAUUCUCGUCCAAUGCAUGAUGGCCAAAGCACUCGCUGUCAUUGUAAGCGGCCUCUUGGGAUUUUUGAAGAAUAUAAGCUUUCUACAAAUCCCAUCAGCCAGGAAGUCGAUAACUUCCUCCUUAAUGCAAUUAAUAUGAACUUCUUUGAGCGUUUAAAUUUGGCAUGGAAGAUCCUAUUUCCAUCACCCGCAUCAAGAAGAAAUUCUAAUGCUAAUAUUGCAAAGCAACGGUUGAAGAUGAUUCUCUUCUCAGAUCGAUGUGCAGUCAGCGAGGAGGCAAAACAAAAGAUUGUGAGUAAUGUUGUGACUGUACUGUCUGAUUUUGUGGAGAUAGAAUCACAGGAUAAAGUUCAACUGAGUGUCUCAACUGAUCCAGAUAUUGGCACCAUUUACUCAGUCACUGUACCAGUGCGUCGGGUGAGAUCAGAAUAUCUAGUUGAGGAUGAAAUUGGAGCAAUAACAAACAUUGAGUACAAAGAUACUGGAGAAGUUUCUGGUUCCGUUGAUGUCAAGUUCGAUUUCUACCUUCCAAAGGACAAGUUUAGAGACUUCAACGCGUGAAAUUAGGAGAUGGCUGAACCGCAGGCCUAACCUGGAUGGCCCCCGAGAAGAGGAUAAAGAUCAACGAAUGUCUUGUUUGGUCUGGCCCUUUUUUUUUUUUCACUUGCUAGUGGGAUUUUCUUUUGUUCCGUUAUUUGGUUCUCGCUGGAACUGACGUAUAGUUUUGUAUAUAUUGUGAUACUUCUACUUAGAUGGUCAAUUAGAAUUGUUAGUGACGAAAGUCAAAAAUGCAGAGUUUGUCUUUUGGAAA